UGAGUAUACGGUUACACUGUAGCAUUCCUUACUCUAUUGUUACUUUGUAACAAACCGGGGCAGAGGCGAGGAAAAGGAGGACGUCAAUCUGGCAAAAAAUCCGUAACAAUUUGACAUUACUGUACCAAACAAGACGAAGAACGUAACGGUCAUUAUACUUGAAGAAAAACUGCAUCGAUCCGAUUGAAACCACCAUUGCAAAGAAAGGAUAAACGAAACAGAUGUCAGCGGAUUGCUCUUCCAAUGCAAGCAUUGAAAGGCUCAAACCAGGAAGAUAAGUCAUCCAGCAGUUAUCUCAAAUUGUAACAAACGAAACGGAUAAUGUCAGUAGUCUAAUAAAUUUCAACCAAACUGUUUGACGUCCUUCUUUCCCACCGCCUGCCCCGGCUUUAGGAUUGCUACGUCAAAGUUAAAUGGAACAUGCACUCCUUGAAGCGACCAUAAAAUAAAUGUCCUUUAUGUAGUCAGUUAGUUCGUUACACUAUUUCUGCAUUAGUAGGCUGACUAUCACAUAAAUAAGUAUUCAUACUGAAUAAAUGAACUAUUCGUUUUACUAUAGAAAGCUUUAGCCUACAACUAGAGAGAAGCUAAAACUGUCGGGAAAAAUCUAAAUAGGGCGUUUCAAGAUCCAAGAACAAUCCUCGGUGAAUAAAAGGAACGUUCAGCGUUUUGAUCGGGAGAAGAGGGUCCUUUUCUGCCGAAGACAUCAAGUUUCCAUGGAGGCAGUUUCGUCUCUCAGCCUCAAGCGAAGAUUUGAGGAGGUGGACAGUGGCUCUCCCUACUCUACACCAAAGGACUCUGACGAUGAAAUCUCCAGCAGUGACAGUGCUGACAGCUGUGAUAGCCUCAACCCCCCCUCCAGCACUGCACUCACACCAACCUCCAUCCUAAGACGGCACAAGCCCUCUCCAGGCCGGAAGCGGGUGCGGUUCGAUGUGGUGACGGUGUACUACUUCCCCAGGCGGCAGGGCUUUACCAGCGUGCCCAGCCAGGGGGGCAGCUCCCUAGGCAUGGCACGCCACCACUGCUCCAUCCGCCGAUACACACUGGGAGAGUUCGUCCGCGAGCAGGAGACCAGUCACCGCCACGCCCUGCGCCAACACCUCCGCCAGGAGAAGCUCAAUGCUCGCAAGAUAAAGCUGACGCGUAACGGUACGGUGCAGUGUGCCCAGGCUGACCUGUUGACCCUGGAGGACGUGUCAGACGACGACUUGGAUGUAGAGGGUGUGGAGGUGGACGACUGCUUCUUCCUGCAGCCGCUUCCCACAAAGCGGCGUCGGGCACUGCUCAGGGCCUCCGGGAUCGCCCGUAUAGACGCCCGGGAGAAGGCUGAGCUACGGACCAUCAGGCUGUCCAGGGAGGAAUGUGGCUGUGACUGCCGUUUCUACUGUGACCCCCGUCACUGUGGCUGCAGCCAGGCUGGCAUCAAGUGCCAGGUGGACAGGAUGUCUUUUCCCUGUGGCUGCUCUCGUGAUGGCUGUGGGAACUCGGCAGGCCGCAUCGAGUUCAACCCUCUCCGCGUGCGAACACACUACAUGCACACCAUCAUGAAGCUGGACCUGGAGAAGAGGAGGCUGCUGGGGCAGAAGGCAGGGGUCGGGGAACAGUAUGCAGAGUCUGACCUGCUCGCCUCCCCUUCCUCCACCAGGCCUCCCUCCCCAGACCCUGACCUGUCCACAGGGGCCAAUGGCCUGGACUCUGAGUUAGAGACAGAGGAGAGAGAGGUCCAGAUGGUCCUAGAGGCUCAGGACCUCCUGACUGACCAGGCCUGCCUCGAGCGUGAGAACGAGACCGCUGUGCUCCACCUGCAAAGUGCAGAGGAGCAGGAGAGGAUGAGGGAGGAAGAGGAGGAGGAGGAGGCACAACGGGGCAGGGGGGGAACAGGGGGCCUGGGGGAGCAGGCUUUGUGCCUUCUGCCUGGGGCCCUGCAGGGGGAGAUGCCUGGGGACACAGGUGUUGGGGUGGAGGGGGUCCCUAUCUCCCUCCUCCAGGGCCCGUUCCCCACUGGAGCUACCCUGCUCUGCAUCACAGAGAACCAGGAGGGAGAUGGGGAGGGGGACAACCCCUGUGGUGGCCUGAAAGACCCGGCCUCCUCCCUGCUCUACUACCAGAUAGGUCCCAUGGAGAACGAGACGUUUCACAAGUCUCUGCCUGAGCAGGAGGAGGCGUGUGUAGAGCGAGAACCAGGGGGAGGAGAGCAGCGAGGGAGGGAUGAGCAUGGAGGUAAUACCUGCGGGCAGGAUGAGGGCGAGCUUUCGCCCCCGGUGGCUCUGUGCUCAGAGAAUGGCGUGGGUGCUAAGGAGUUACCAUUCUGCCCCCAGCAAAGCUCCUUAGAAGGGCAGUGUCAGGAGGAGGCCUGCCUGGCCACAGAAGGAGAGUUGUACCCACCACUGCCCCCUGAAGUUUAGUACUAGCACCUCUGUCAAUGUUUUGCACAAUAGCUUCAUUUUGAGCUGAAUAAAGCCUACACUACAUGGAUAGACAAUGACUAUGAUGUUACAGGUUAGAAUUCAUAUUAGUAACCGUCAUUACUAGAAAAAUGUAUUUGGAAGAAAUGAGCUUGACCAUGAAAAUAAAGUGAAGGAGGGAAAAUCAUCCUGAAAGCACACCCAGAUCUUUCCCCUGCAGUAGUACUGUCAGUUCAGUUGUAAGUCAAUGAAAUGCUCUCAUUCUAACGGGGCUGGAGAUCAUGGGACCUGUCCCAAAUGGCACGCUAAUCCCUAUAUAGUGCACUACUUUUGUCCAGGGCCCAUAGGACUCUGGUCAAAAGUAGUGCACUAUGUAGGGAAUACGGUGCCAUUUGGGACGUUACCUGGUUGGCAUUAACGAAAGAAAGGACUGUAACUCAGUAACUGAGAACUAAGUAGUGUUGUUUUUAGUUCCCGGCACCACUAAGAGACGGUGUGGUGGUGUGAGUGAUAACAUUUGCUCUUGGAGACGUUGGUCAAGGGAGCAUUUCCGAAUAAUUCAUAGGAUUCCAGUGGCUUGAUUAAAACAAGAAGGUGGGGUCAGGAAGAACAUGUGCUCUGUUGUAUACUGAGUGAUACAAUAAACACCAGUUGUGUUGAAAAAGUUUGACUAAUUGGCUAGCAUUGUAAAUGUCACACUGGUCUGGUACACUUUGUCCAGCUGUUUAGCUGUAAGCUUUGAAGCCAAAUUAGGGCCACUGGCAGUAUCUACCCCCCCCACCCCCUUCCCGACUGAGAAUAGACCUAACAAACAAUCCUGGAAAUACUUGUUUUUGGUGUACUGUAUAAGUGUUUGAAAUGGGAAAGGCAGAGCUGAAAGAGCUGCUUGUUUGAUCUUCAUGUUGUGGUCUGUCUAGGAACUGGGUGGUAUGUGCCCCUCGCUGCAUUGAGGCAAAAUGGUAAAACAUUUGUAAAGAUCAGAAGGUUUGCACCGGUUCCUCUUUCUAAAUAGCGUCUCUCCGGGCCUACCUACCUUGGACCUCUCAUGCAAACACAGUUUAUUUAUUAAAAGACAAGUUUACCCUAUAAUAGUGACCAUUACACUCUUCUGAUGUUAUGACACUUCUUUUAACGACGUGUCUUUGUAAAAUUGGGAUGCUGUUGAUAUUGAGUAACAACGGAGGUCUCUGUUUAAUCAAUGAAUGAAAGGAACCGGUCUUUGUUUUGUUAGUUAGCAUGUCAGAUGAUCGUACAGGUGGUCAGAGUCCAUGGGAAGUGGACCAUGUAAUGCUGAAGGGACAAAAUAGACCUGCUUUGUCCGUCACGUCUUCACGUCACGAAUCGAUAGGGGGAUUCUCUGUGAAACACAGCUAUUUUAAGUCAUUACGGCAUCAUUUAAAAAAAUAUAUAUAUAUAAUUUGAAGACUUAAAAGAAACUGAAAGCCUAAAGCUGUUUGAAGUAGCAAUACAGAACUACAGAAUAAUGAUGUGAUGUUGCUAAAUUAUGUAAAGAGGAUAUGACAAAACCUUAAUUGCAUCAGUUUUUGUUGAGUGUGUAUGGAUGUGUGCACGUUGUUUGGUUGUCCUUGUGUGUGUUUGAGAUUGUUGUUGUGGGGGGGGGGG